UAGUGCGCCCGCGCGCGCGUGUCAGUGCUGAGACGAGCGCUAGCGGAGGCAUCAGUGGCGCAUCUCACAUAAACGCCGCUGGAAUAUAACGGCUGUUUUAGGAUGUGAACGGGUCUCGGCCUCGUCACCGGCCAAAGCUUCUGUUUUCCCAUGACAAACAGAUGCGAGAAGAGAGCGACCGCGCGCGAGAGUGAAUGGGACGGGGGAGCGGAGAGAUCCUCGGUAUUAUUAUGAGAAAUGAGGACGGGGUUUUCGGAGCCGUAUUUGUUUUGCUCGCAGAGAUGAGGCGGGGGGUAGCGAGUCGCUACAACAUCUUUGGGCUCCGGCCAAGCAUUACACUGUUUUAGCACAUAUAUACCGCCGCGCUUGCGUUUUCAUCGUCAACUACUCGUUCGAUCGUUACGGUUUGCAUCCCGGAAAAAUAAUGCAGCUGUCUCGAGGACAUCUGUGAGAUUUGCGGACUGCUGUUGCCGCUGUCAUGACAGACGCAGGCUUUACCGAGCAGGCGGUGUGAGAGAAGCACGGUCCCAGCUGCAGCAGCACGGCCGAUGUGGGCUGCGUUUACCGGGGGAGAUUAAUCUGUAAAUUCUGUUCGCGUUAUUCCUCUUUAAUCGUAUGCAAUCUCAGGGAAAAUGUCCUCUCGGUCUGCUUUACCGUCUGCGAACGACCGGAGCACAGAUCAUCAUGCGUCUUUGGUGGCGAGUCGUUCAGAGAAGGGAACGAAUGUGUCGAGUCGAUCACUGGGUGCGAGAUGUCGUAACUCCAUGGCCUCUUGCUCAGACGAGCUGCCACACAUCGGAAAUUACCGGCUCCUCAAAACCAUCGGCAAGGGCAACUUUGCUAAAGUCAAACUAGCCCGCCACAUCCUCACGGGCAAAGAGGUUGCAAUAAAGAUUAUCGACAAGACUCAGUUGAACCCAACCAGCCUACAAAAGCUGUUCAGAGAGGUGCGGAUCAUGAAGACUCUUCGCCACCCCAACAUUGUCCGACUCUUUGAGGUUAUUGAAACGGAGAAGACGCUUUAUCUUGUGAUGGAAUAUGCAAGUGGAGGUGAGGUGUUUGACUACCUGGUGUCUCAUGGGAGAAUGAAAGAAAUAGAGGCUAGAGCCAAAUUUAGACAGAUUGUGUCAGCUGUUCAUUAUUGUCAUCAGAAGAAUAUAGUUCACAGAGAUCUGAAGGCAGAGAAUCUGCUAUUGGAUGCAGAUGCUAAUAUAAAGAUAGCAGACUUUGGCUUUAGUAACGAGUUUACGUUGGGGAAUAAGUUGGACACCUUCUGCGGUUCCCCACCUUACGCAGCUCCAGAGUUGUUUCAAGGAAAAAAGUAUGACGGGCCAGAGGUGGAUAUCUGGAGCCUGGGGGUCAUCCUGUACACGCUGGUCAGUGGGUCGCUUCCUUUUGAUGGACAGAACCUCAAGGAGCUGCGUGAGCGAGUGUUGAGGGGGAAGUACCGUGUGCCCUUCUACAUGUCCACAGACUGUGAGGGGAUUCUGCGCAGGUUUCUUGUGCUCAAUCCCAGCAAACGUUGCACUCUAGAGCAAGUGAUGAAGGAUAAGUGGAUGAAUGCAGGGUAUGAGAGCGAUGAGCUAAAGCCUCACGUUGAACCAGCGGAGGACUACAGUGACCCCAACCGCAUUGAGAUUAUGGUCGGGAUGGGUUUUACUACAGAAGAGAUCAAAGACUCUUUACUCAAUCAGAAAUAUAAUGAAGUCACAGCUACAUAUCUAUUGUUGGGCCUGAAGACUGAGGAUGUUGCUGAGACACGAGUUAGUGGCAGUAUGACUUUGCCGCGUGUACGUCCAAGCCCAAUUACCAAUGGAACCAACAAACACUCAUCUUCUUCAUCAUCUUCCUCAUCCUCACACAGCAAGACUCAGCGCAGCGCCUCUACCUACCACCGCCAGCGACGGCACAGUGACUUCUGUGGUCCCAGCAUGCCUGUGAUGCAACCUAAACGUAGCCCGACCAGCGGCGGAGACCGUGAGCUGCGUGAGAGCCGCAUGCCACCGAGGAAGGCCAGCUGUAGCGUUAUGGGCAGUCGGACCCUACCACCGUCUAGUCCAAUGGUCAGCACCGCCAACAACCCUAAUAAGGCUGAGAUACCUGAUCGACGCAAGGAGAUGACCGCCACCACUAACAAUAUUCCAGGAAGUACUAUGACCCGCAGAAACACGUACGUAUGUACAGAUCGUUCCAACACUGACCGACACUCACUGCUGCAGAAUGGCAAAGACAACAGCUCCCUGUCUCACCGCCUCCCUCCCACCUCUCCCUCCACUCUCAGUAUUGUCGGAGCGGGAGCAUCCUCCUCUUCUUCCUCAGGUGAGCGCUGUCGGCUGACACGUGGAUCCACCAUCCGGAGCACCUUUCAUGGGGGUCAGCUACGUGACCGUGUCCCACCCACCUAUGGACCUCCGCCCACGUCGCCCACCCUUAGCCACGAUGCUGGAGCCCUGCCACCCAAUGCCCGCAGCCGGGCCACUUCUAACCUGUUCAGCAAACUCACCUCCAAACUCACACGCAGGGUCAAUCUUGACCCCUCUAAACGCCAGGGCUCUAAUAAAUCAGUGUCGGGUUGUACUCUUCCACAGGGAUCCAAAACAGUUAGGUCACAAAUGAAUCUGAGGGAGUCAGCAGAUCUUCGGUCACAGGUGGCCAUUUAUCUGGGGAUCAGAAAGCGUCCAAGCCCUGGAGCGGGGGAGGGGGGUGGGAUGUAAGGGGUCGUCUCUCCCAUCCCCCCCGGGCCCCUGCAGAAGUGGUACUGGCCUUGCGUGAGGCGGCGAGGGGAUGCGGCUGCCAGGUCCGACACACUGGCCCAUUUCUGCUGUGCUGCAGUCAUGGGGCGGCAAGGUCAAAGGUCGCUUUCCAAGCUGAAGUGUGCCAACUGAGUGUGGGUCCCGCAGAGGCAAACGGAGUACGCUACACACGCCUGUGGGGGGCCCCCCUCACCUUCAGGCACAUCGCAUCGCAGAUCUCUAAAGAGGUGGAGCUCUGAGGGGACAGGGGAGGAGACUUGAAUCUGAGACGUCCCCUCACUAUAUCCGUUGUUAUAGCGAACUGACGUUGACCCACCCACUUAUGUGUUAUAGACUGAUCCCUCCUCCAGUCAACACUCAACAAAACCCAAAACUAAACACACAUAAACAAACACAGUCACCUUAAAAGCACGGCACACUCAAACCUGACAAUAAUUAAUUCUGAAGUACAAAAACAAGCACACCCUUCCGUGCACAACAUAAACCUGACUGGAAACAUACACACACACAUUCUGAUUGUGAACAGCCUCAUUCACUGGAUCUGGAUUGAAUCCAGUUUAGCAUUUUUAUUCUCAUUCUAGUCAUGAAAUUCUUACUUAAAUAAUUGAUGUCAUUCUUUUUUUAACCACUUUUGUAUGUUUUCAACAAGUCUUGACAUUUUAAACGGGUCAUCAUUUUUAUGUUUUUGUGAUUUAAUGUGUCUUACAUUUCUUAGUCCUGAGUCAAAACCAUUGAAUCAUUGACAAUGUAGGACUGUAGCUGCCAAUGAACUAUAUGCACAAAUGUGAAGUUGGCAAACUUAUCCUAACUUCAUCACAUCUCACAGAGCCCACACAAAUCUACAUUGCUGGCGACCGCAAAAAUUUGAUCAGGCUGUAAGCCAACCAUCUACACUUUGUUCUUGAAAUUGUCCAAGCUAAAUUUUGUUUCCUAGAAAAUCUGUUUUUGUGAUGUAUAGUGCCAGUUUACUUACUUCCUACUAAUUUUAUGCCAAAUGACUUUCCCUGACCUUUCGCGAACAGGCUCUGUGAUUGGUUGGUUCUAGAUAUUAAUCCUUUAUUUCAACUCCUAUUCAGUGAUCCUUUGCAAAUAAUGUCACCUCUCCCUUUACCCAGUAAGAUUAGAGUAGAGGUUACCGCGUUAAGUAGAGUAGAGGUUACCAUGAUUUUACAGAGUGAGGUGGUUUUAGUGUUCAGUGUUGAUAAAGAUACAGUUUCCUGCAUUGAAGAUAUCUGAAUAAUUUGGAAAAAGACCUAUUGAACAGUGGAUCCUUAUUGGAUGUAAUUUGAUUGUAAAGCAAAUAGCAAUUUAUGUAUUUAGUGGAAAAACUAAAAAUUGAUUUUCUACACCCCCAGUAUUAAAUCUUCAUAGAAAAGUAAAUAUCAAAUACAGAAAUUGCUAAAUAUGUUGUGGCUUAGUAAUUGCUGACAUGCCAUAGUCAUUCAUUAGCACAUGCAUGUUAGUGUUUUUCAUGUAAAAAAAUAAAAAAAUAAAUUAUAUAAAUAUAUAUAUACAUGUAUAUGUAUAUAUAUAUAUAUAUAUAUAUAUAUAUAUAUAUAUAUAUAUAUAUAUAUAUAUAUAUAUAUAUACAUAUAUAUAUAUGCGACUAUUAUGGUAUUAAAAAAAUAACAUUUAAUCCCUUAACUAAAUAGAUUUUACUUAAAAAGCACCAGAUAUCUAAAAUGCAGGAUGUUUUUAUGCAGGAGUGCAGGAAGAAGUUCAGUGCUCUUACUGUUAGGAUAUAUAUUUUAGGGGCAAAGGCACCAACGGGUCUUCGGAAAGAGUUUUUUUUUUUUAAUUCAAAGUCAGUUGCACUUGCAAUAUUAUGAUAAUAUGGCAUAAUUUAUGACUCUGUAUCCACUGUAAAGCCUUAACAAUGCUAUGUAACAUAAACAGAGAUGCCGUUUAAGAUUGGACCAUAGACAAUGUGUCACAUUUUUGCUGUAGCUCAUGAUGGUUGUUAGCCAUAUGCGAGAUUUUCUCUUUAACAGAUGUGGAAGCAUGAUGUUAUCGACUUGACAGGAUUUCACGCUGCUUAAGAUUAUUUUUCAUGAGUAGAAACAGGUUUGUUUGGCGCUUUUCUGUUCUUUUUUCAAAAAAUACUCUUGGCUUGCUUUUUUGACCAAAUCAGUUCUGGUCAUUUGUUGUAUAACAAGGCCUAACUUUGCAAUAGUUGUCAAUUUGGCAAGCAUAAAAUGAACAGCAAUUCACGACCGAGUGGAUCAAAAUGUACCUAUGAGUGGUGAAAAUUGUGCAAUAGCAAUAGAUGUUUCUGUCAGAUUUAGAAGUUGUUUCUGUCUUAAUGUAAAGCAAUGCUUUGGCCCUGUUGGUACUGGCAGUCUGUAGACAGAGCAGGUACAUGGAUUUGAAUAAUGAUUUUUUUUUUUUGUUUGUUUGUUUUUAUUCAGGAAGGUGAAUAGGACACUUCUUGCUAGUACAGUUUGGAUAAACAGGUUGGUUUAAUAUGGUUGGUCUGUUAAGUUUUGAUUGGGGAGUCAUUGUGCUAUCAUGUGUGAAAUAUGUUUGUAGAUACUAAAGAAUUAUAUUCCACUUUCUCCAUGUUUGUGAUGGCACCUCCCUCUGUUCAUGAGAGGGUGUUGGAUUAUGGUACAGAAAACAAGCUUGGUUCUUGAUUUUGAUUGUCUGCAGCAAGUAUAUAAGAUGCUUGGAGAUGCUUGAAAGUUUAGUUGUGAUGACUUACCUCCACAGCAAUCACUGUGGCGUGUCGUCUUCGACCUUUAGCCACACAGUGAGCCUCCAGAUUGUGUCUGCCAUCUCUUGAUCCAACAACUUUUUUUGUUGUCUCAUUCACUUUAUUCUCUGGCUUUGUGCCACACAUUUGCAAAGACACACAGUUUCUCCUCAUCCAAUUGCCGAAUCACUGAAAAUCAUUGCAUAAUUGAUCUGUCUGCUCUGUGACUGGACUCCUGUUGUGGAGAAGCUUCCUGUUUCAAACUGAACAGGGUAAGGACUGGACGUCCUGGACCAGUCUGACCUGGUCUCCGCAUCAGACUGGCUCUAUCUGGUUUGGACUGCUGAGACCUGUAUCUGUUCGAUGUCCAUUAAGACCUCUGUGCACUCAUGUUGACUUGAAUCAGCUGCAUCCUAUGGCUCUGUGGGUUUGUACCCAUGUUUGGCCACCGGAAGGCGCCAAUGUCUUAAAUGUGAACACUUCGAUUUGUGUAUAUUUGCACAGGUACUUAAUUUAUUUUCUAGAAUAAUUAUCUUGGGAGGAAAAAAAAAAACAUGGUUUAUAUCAGUCAGACUAUGGCUGUAUAUAAAGAUUAUGAAACUGAUGAUAAUAUUGUGAGUAUAGUAUAUACAGUAUCUUAGAACUCCAGGUUAAAUCAUAGCUAGAGCAGAGACCCUCUGCUAGCUCUCCAGACGUUUCUAUGUGUGCUGAAGUGAAACACUAACCUGCAAUCCUGCAUGAUUCAGAGAAAGGAUGGAGAAAGAGAGAAGACAAAUGUGAAAUAACAGAAUGGGCAAAAGCAAAAGAAUUCAAGCGACAGAGAGAGAGUGUGUAUGCGUGCGUGUGCAUGUAUGUGUGAAUGUGUUCGUCUGUGUAUUGCGCUACUCUGUUGCCCUGCCUCCCUCUCUCUGCUGGUAGGAAAUGUUUGUGCGAGAGGAUUAGGGCAGACUUUUACUCUGGCAGCCAUACUUGACCUGGAGUGAAAGUGUGUUGGUAUGAAUGAGAUUUUUAAUGUCCCAGGCAUUAAAAAAAGAGGAUUAGUGAGAAAUCGUGAGUCAGGCGCGUCACAUCUGAAUGGUAAAUCCCUCCAGUUCAGUGUUGUGCUGUCUGUGAUGUAAACUGUCUGCUAUGACAUUGGGUUUUUCAUGAUGAAUUUAGCUAAUAUGCAAUAUGACGAGAGAAGUCAGGUAGACAAACUAUAUAUAAACUGCCAUUCAAAAGUUUGGGAUCAGUAAGACUUGUAAGUCUCUUAUGUUCAUCAAGAAAA